CGCACACAUGCAGACAAGUUAUCCAUCUGGCAAAGUCUACGCCAGAACAAAUUACUUGCUUUGAUAGCGAUGGCAGCAGCAUUCAGUGCUUCUCUAGAAGGCUACCAGAUCAAUCUGAAUGGUGGUCUUGUAUCGAACAAAGGCUUCAUCCGACAAAUGGCCUCUCCAGGAACGAAGAUCAUCAAGGGCAAAUAUGUUUCGGCGUGGGGUGGUAUCCAAUCUGCUGGUCAAACCAUUGGACAGAUCCUUCUUCAAUAUGUGACUGACGGCUUCGGACGCAAGAUCGCAUUGUAUGUCAUCUGGGUCGUGCUUGUAGUGAGUGUCCUCAUCGAGUGUUUUGCUACACAUUGGUAUCAUUGGCUUGUUGCAAAGCUCUUUGCCGGCAUGGGCGUAGGAAUGUUACAGUCUACCCUGCCGCUGUAUCUGGCCGAAAUCUCGCCCACUCAACUCAAAGGACUGUUCAUCAACGCCUACACUUUCUGGUUCGUUCUCGGCCAACUCUUCGCCUCUGUCGCUCUCAACAGGCUACACAUAUCUGCUCCUUAUGACUUCCGUACACCCAUCUAUUCUCAGUGGGCCAUGAUCGGAGUCUCCGCAAUCAUCUUUGUGUUCCUGCCAGAGACACCUUGGUAUCUUGUUAGCAAAGGAAAGCUCGACCAGGCUAAGAAAGUCCUGACGAAGAUGCAUGGACGCAAGCAAGGCUAUGACUCGCAAGAGCAAGUGGAUCUCAUGAUGUCCACCAUCGCUUCGGAAAGAGCUGCGGCUGAACAGAACUCUGAACUUGGACCAUGGGCUGUAUUUCAAGGCAAGAACUUGUUGAGAUUCAUCAUUGCCGCAUGGCCGAAGAUCACACAGCAGCUCGUGGGAUUGACUGUGUUCAAUACAUAUGCAACAUACUUCUUCCAGAAAGCGGGUAACAAAGACCCCUUCCUGGUCACAUUGAUCUUGUCAUGCGUACAAUUGAUCUCGAUGAUCAUGACUGCCGUCUCCACAGACAAGCUUGGCCGCCGUCCAUUAACAGUCUACCCAUACGCGAUCACUGUUCUCUCAUUGCUAUCUCUUGGUAUAGUAGGCUGCUUUGACUACUCUAAGCCAGCUCUUAGCUCGCUUCUGAUCUUCUUCGCAUGUCUAGCUACCUUCUCAACCACAGGCGCUUCAGCAAUCGGCUAUGCUUACGCAGCAGAAAUUCCACAACAGCGUCUUCGAGCCAGAACCACUGCUUUUGCUCUUGCAUUCUCGAACAUGGUUGCCAUUAUGUUCAGUUUCACCACACCACUGAUGAUCAAUGGUGAUGCCCAAUGGGGCGUCAAGACUGGGUUCUUUUUCGCCGGUACUGGUGCUGUUGCAGUGGUCAUUUGUUGGUUUAUACUGCCUGAAGUGGCUUGUAGAACACCUGCUGAGAUUGACGAGAUGUUUGAGAAGAAGAUCAAUCUUAGGAAAUUCAAGCAGUAUUCCCCUUCCAACUAUUAGGUCUCAUGGGGAAGGAAGUGGCCGAGAGAUCCGACUGUCCGAUUCUUGGCUCAGGUUCUGGUUGUAAUUUUCGGAAAAUGUAUGGUCAUGGAAUAUUUGUCAUUGUCGG